AUGUAUGCAAUAGGGCCUCGGGGCCUUGCAUCAGCCUCACGAGUCUCUGCAUCGUCAAGGUUAACGCUUUCGGUCGCACAUCGCAGCCAGUGUCGACAAUUCCACCCGUCCUAUAGGUUGCGGAAGAGCCCAUCUGAAGGCGGCGCAGACGACGCCAAGCCCCCAGACAAACCCGCCGGCGAGCAAGAGGAUGGCAGUAGGAGUCGAGAUGGGAACGCGAGCAAAACAGACUCGGCAUCUUCGGAAUCGGCUUUUCGACGGUCGAGAGGCGGCGCCUUCGCCUCUGCGAGAGCGCGCCUUUCGAGGCCGCGGGCCGCUGACGAGCUCCCACCCGUGAAGCUGCCACAGAGCUUCCUCGAAACCGGCGUGUCACUGUACGACCCCGAGAACCGAAUCAACACCCUCACGAACGACCUGUGGCACCAUCGCUACAUGGGCGCCCGCUGGCACGACCUGCUCUGGAAGGAUUUGGACCUGGUGUUUAGCCAUGCAUCUUGGACCGAGGCGAAGCUGCAAACUGCGCUGCGCCGGGGCAAUCUCGAAGCCGUUGAGAGGAGGAAUCGUAUCCUUGCCGAGGCAUCGCAGUGGUUGAGCCUUUCCAUUGACGAGAUGCGAUCUUCGAACAACCUGCAGAGCUCUCGCGAGCCGCUACCAACCACGGAAUUCGCAGACAUGCUUCGAUACUCCAACAAGUUCGUUCUCUCGAACCUUUUGUCGCAACACACUAGAGCAACGACGGAUGCCGAUCCAACACAAGACCAGGACAGCGUUUUGCAAUCGCUCGUCGAGCAAUAUAUCGAGGAGGGAAGGCCGAAGCUAAGACGUGACGGAUUGAGGUUAUUCGAUCCUAGGAUCCGCGGCGAGAUUGUUACGGCGGUGUGCGCGGAGCUUUCCCUGCAGCCGGACGCAAGCUCGGUAGGCAGGGAGCUCAAGAGACCCCUUACCAUCGUCAACAUCCCGAAUUACACGGGUCGAAGCCACACAAAGAAGCUCAUGAAGCAUGUUGCGUCGUGCGCGGAGGCUGAUUUGAUACACCUCGAUGCGCAGGAAUUGGCGGUGCUUGUCGGCGACUACAUCGGACAGGACUGUGCCUACUCGCGAGGUUCCAUCUCCAUGCUGGGAUACCGAGCUGCUGAGAUGAACGGACGUCUCGUCAAGACCGAGGAGCCGUCUAAGCCUAACGAUGAAGAUCUCACUGGCGAGAUCGAAGCGGCUUGGGUCAACCUUCGGGAUCACGGGGUGGAUGGCGGCUACGGCAAUCCCAUGGACAACGAACUGCAAAAAAUCAGGGAAGGUCCUAAGGACUACAUCCUCCCCUCUGUUGAUCGCUGGGAAAACCUGAAGAUCAACGCCGUUCUCGAGGAGAUUGCCAACUCGGCUAGGAAGAUGACGUCGGAGCCUGACCGCAAUCUCAUCAUCCACGUGGACGACUUUGUUGAGCUCAACAUGACGCUUGAGGGCGCUCUGCUCAUCGGUCGACUUCGGACCAUCGUGGACACCAUGUGGCGCGCCGGAAAACGAGUCACCCUCGUGGGCACCUCAUCCAACGAAAACCCUUCGGAGCAAUACGCAUCGACGCUCAAGGAAAUCGCUGCAGAGGAAUGUCUUAUACCCUUACCCCUGAACUUCCAGCGGAUCACCGACGCUACGAACACCAAGAAGAUUUACGAGGCCAACGACUAUCUGCAAGAAAACUUGCGAAACAUUCAGCACAUGUUGAAGAGCAUCUCUGGCCAAUCGCGAGACACAAGCAAGCUGCGCAUCGUCGGCGUGUCAAAGUCCUCACCGCCGCAAUUCCUCUUGGACGAUACGCACGGCUCUUAUAUGGAGGUUUCGCUCAUCCCCCGCGUCCUGGCAACCUCCAUCCUCCCCCUCUCCGACGUAUACCACAUCACUCGCCUCUUCUACGCCUGUGAGGGCACCGUCAGCCCUGACCAGUCAUGGAGAGUCCUCUUUGACGUCGUUGAAUCCAGCAGCUACAGCACCGCCCAGAUGCACCGCAUCCAGGACCGGCCGACGCGGUCCAAAUCCUCUUCUGGCGGUGGAAUUUCUUCUCCUGACAUGCAGAAGCCCGAACCCGAACGCCUCCGCGUAUCCGGCAACUACAAUGACUACGAGAAGAAGCUCCUUAGCGGCCUUGUUAACAGCAGUGAGAUCAAGACAACGUUUGAUGACGUCCACGCCGACCCGGAAACCAAGAACAACCUCAAGCUGCUGACGUCACUGUCGCUCGUCCGUCCCGAGGCCUUCACCUACGGUGUCCUCGCUACCGACAGGAUACCGGGCUGUCUUCUCUACGGCCCGCCCGGGACUGGCAAGACCCUCCUAGCCAAGGCUGUCGCUAAGGAGAGUGGCGCCAACAUGCUCGAAGUCAGCGGCGCCAGCAUCAACGAUAUGUACGUCGGCCAGAGCGAGAAGAACGUGCGAGCUCUCUUCUCGCUCGCCAAGAAGCUGAGCCCACUAGUCAUCUUCAUCGACGAGGCCGACGCUCUUCUUGCCGCCAGAGGACAGCGAAACCGCGCCGCGCACCGCGAGACCAUCAACCAGUUCUUGCGGGAGUGGGACGGUAUGAGCGACACAAAGGCCUUCAUCAUGGUCGCCACGAACCGCCCCUUUGACCUGGACGAUGCUGUACUGCGUAGGCUGCCGAGGAAAAUCCUCGUCGACCUGCCCCUCAAGGGCGACCGCGCCUCGAUCCUGCGCAUCCUCCUCAAGGGCGAGACCCUCGACCCCUCCAUCUCAGUCGAUGAUAUCGCACGCAGGACGGUCCUCUACUCGGGCUCCGACCUCAAAAACCUCUGCGUCGCGGCCGCCAUGACGGCCGUCCAGGAGGAGAGCGAGGAGGCCGCGCGGCAUGCCGGUCCGGAGCCUUAUGUCUUCCCGCCGAAGCGCACGCUGAUGAAGCACCACUUUGACAAGGCGCUCAAGAUGAUUGCCGCGAGCGUCAGCGAGGACAUGGACAGCCUCAAGAGUAUCCGGCGGUUCGAUGAAAAGUACGGGGACGUCAGGGCGAAGAACAGCCAGAAGAAGAGGGGCAUGGGAUUCGGUGUCUUGCCGACUUCUACGGAUGCUGAGGAGGCUAGGGUACGGCAGGCUGUUGCUUGA